AUGUGGGGGCUUCAGCUGCUCCUGACGAUGGCUUUCAGCUGUUUCUGUUGGCUGCCCAGCAGCCAGGGCAAGACCCUGAGGGGCAGCUUCAGCAGCUCCUCGGCCUGGAUGCUGCAAGGCCAGAGCAUCAGCCACUUCCAGUUCUAUGGUGACCGUGCUCUUCUUUGUGUCAGAAUCAACAACAUAGCAGCAGCUGUUGGAAAAGAAGCUAAAAUUUACCUGUUUCAAGCACAGGAAUGGCUAAGGCUACAGGAAGGCAACCAAGAGCUUUAUACCUGCACAGAAAAAUUAUCCAAAGCUCCUCUGACAGUAACUCUGAAUCAUACUGAACACAACCUGACUGUGUCCCAGAUUCCAUAUCCCCAAACUUGGUAUGUGUUUUAUGUUGACAAGUUUACAUGUGACAAUAAUUUUGAAGAUUCUGUAUUAGAAGACAUCUCAUUUGAAAUGAUAUUACUAAAUCCAGAUGCUGAGGGGAAUCCAUUGGAUCAUUUUAGUGCUGGAGAGUCUGGGUUACAUGAAUUCUUUUUCCUUCUAGUCCUGGUAUAUUUUGUGACUGCCUGCAUUUAUGCUCAAUCACUGUGGCAGGCUAUUAAGAAAGGAGGACCCAUGCACAUGGUUUUAAAGGUCUUAACAACUGCAUUGCUCUGGCAAGCUGGUUCAGCUUUAGCUAAUUACCUGCAUUUCUCCAGUUACUCCAAAGAUGGAAUAGGGGUCCCUUUUAUGGGAAGUCUGGCAAAAUUUUGUGACAUAGCCUCCCAGAUCCAGAUGCUGUACUUACUACUGAGCUUAUGUGUGGGUUGGACAAUAGGCAGAAUGAAGAAGUAUCAAAGCAGACCUCUCCAGUGGGAUUCUACUCCAGCAUCUACUGGCAUAGCUGUAGUCAUUGUCAUAAUACAGAGUAUUUUGCUGCUUUGGGAACAAUUUGAAGAUACCAAACACCAUAGUUAUCAUGCACAGCAUAACUUAGCAGAGAUAUUUAUAAUUAUUUUAAGAGUUUGCCUGGCAUUAUCUUUAGGCUGUGGUCUCUACCAGAUUAUCACAGUGGAAAGAACUACCCUUAAAAGGGAGUUCUACAUCACAUUUGCCAAAGGCUGUAUUUUAUGGUUUUUAUGUCAUCCAGUUCUGGCAGCCAUUUCUUUUAUUUUUAGUGACUAUCAAAGAGAAAAGGCUAUUACAAUAGGUGUUAUCAUCUGCCAAUCUGUUUCCAUGGUUAUCCUCUACAGACUUUUUCUGUCUCAUAGUCUAUACUGGGAAGUUUCUUCACUUUCUUCAGUAACACUACCAUUGACAAUAUCAUCUGGACACAAAAGUCGACCUCAUUUUUGA